UCCUGUCCUCGCUGUGUGCUCUGUUCCGUUCUCUCCUGUUCCCACCAGCCACUUCACCCAGACAAAGAGAGAGAGAGGGAGGGAGAGAGAUUACCAGUUUUAGAGAGAGAAACAGAAGCAAAGCACCCCCAUCACUUUCAUCGUCUCCUUCAGGCCUUCCUCUUCUGCACUAGACACAGCUUCAAUUAAUGUCCGGUGAGGUUGUUUUCUACUUCUGCACUUGCUUUCAAGAACCAAACGAGGCGUCCCUUUUGUAGGGGUAAGUAAGUUCCAGUCCCUCGUAAUUUCCCUUUGUCAGCUUCCCUGAAUCUCUCCCCACCCACCUGCCAUUAGAGAGAGAAUCUUGCGCCACUGAACGAACAAGCGUGAAGCUCCCACCUUUUUGUUAGAUUCAGGGUGGAUGUGAAUGGAGCGGCUGGGUCGAGCCAUGUGAGCUCAUCAAGAACAUGGAUGGCUGAGUUCGUUGAGCAGCUCAUGAUCUGUGGAUUUGACGAGGAAGCAACACCCAUUUGAAAGAUGUCACAGUUUCAGCAGAAAGAUGGGACUCUGGCCUACCCGCCCCCUCCAUUCUUUAGAGCUUCGUCUCCUUCACCUCCUUCCUCCGGUCCUAAGAUCAGCCCUGCUGUUCUUUUCAUCAUUGUGAUCCUCGCCGUGCUGUUCUUCAUCUCUGGUCUUCUCCACUUGCUUGUCAGAUUCCUCAUAAAGAACCCUUCCUCCUCCGCAGCGUCCCCCCAGUCCCACCAGUACCCGGAAAUCUCCGGCUCGGAUGCUCUCCAGAGGCAGCUCCAGCAGCUCUUCCACCUCCAUGACUCGGGCCUCGACCAGGCCUUCAUCGACGCCCUUCCGGUGUUCCAGUACCGGGAGAUAGUGGGCAUAAAGGAGCCGUUCGACUGCGCUGUCUGCCUCUGUGAGUUCUCGGGGAAGGACAAGCUCCGGUUACUUCCCAUGUGCAGCCAUGCCUUUCAUAUCAAUUGCAUCGAUACUUGGCUUCUGUCGAACUCAACUUGCCCCCUCUGCAGGGGGACGCUCUUCACUCCCGGGCUCUCCAUUGAAAACCCGAUAUUUGAUUACGACGGCUUGAGGGAAGAAGAUGGGUCCUAUCUUGCCAAUGCAGCGACCAGGUUGGGUACGGGCCAGAAGGCUGUGGACAUUGAAGAGGUAGUCGUGGAGAAGAAGGUAUUGCCUGUGAGGCUCGGGAAGUUCAGGAAACUGAAUAACCAUUCCUCGGAGCCACAAGGAGGAGGGGAGACGAGCAGCAGCAAUUUGGAUGCAAGGAGGUGCUUCUCGAUGGGCUCAUAUCAGUAUGUGGUGGUUGAUUCGGACCUUAGGGUCCCUUUCUCCCAUGGACGGGACACUAAGACUGCAAAAGGGGCAGAAAAUAGCGGGGACUCUUCGGCAGAUCGAGAUGUCGAGGGGAAGAAGAUUAACAAAGUGGCUAAAGGGGAGAGCUAUUCAGUGUCCAAGAUUUGGCUCUGGUCCAAAAAGGGCAAGUACUCUGGCCCUUCAGAGGAACCUAUCGAAGGGCUCUUUGGCUUGGGGGGGUUGCCCUGGUUAUGGUAGGGUCCAUGAGAGUGCCCUGACAGGAGCAUCCAGCCCUUUGAUCCCAUGAUGAUUGUGUUGAUUGAUGCCCUUUAUUAGGGUCAAGAAGCCCUCUGAUCGCCUGCACUGCAAGCUCUUUUGUGGGCCCCACUCCACACUGUCAAUCCAAUGUGGCCCCCUGUUUGAAAAUUAAGCUGAAUCAUCCGCUUUUGCAUUGAUUAUACUUCUUGCUGAUCAGUUUGGCAUCCCCUUUGAUUGCUUUGUUCCACCAAAAAGUGUGGACAGAUUUGCUUUAGGGAAGAAAAAAGAAAAUACAGAGAAAAAGGAAAAGAUAAAAGAUUAUUGAAUUUGAUUAAAUAAUUAAUUUGGAAAAAAAAAUUUAAUACUCUUUGAAUGGUAGGUUGUUUACUAGUGCAAUAUAUAUACCUACUCCACUAGAGGAAAAUGAAAUGGAAAACAUUCCUCUCAGUGGGCAAUUAUUCUCUGGAAGAAAGAAAGUCACAUGGCCAUCGAGGGUCAACGAGGCACAUUGUGUCGCAGUGAUAGUGUUCGAGUUAUCAUAUCUUAAUAGAGUGAUUCAGACUCAGAGCGGCUCUCUAGAAUUCGGGACAUCUGUGGCAUAUCAUAUCGCAAAAUGUAAUAUUUCUUUGUCUA